CCCUCUUCAGACUUCAAUAGCAUUCAUCCAUCCAUCCGUACCUUCUUCGUUCAGGUUUGGUGGGCGAUACCCCCCAUAAUAAUACCGAAUCCCUUCCCAGUUUUCCGAACACAACAAUACUUUCUUUCUUUCUUAUUCUGUUUUUCUUUCUGUUCCCAAGUAAUUCUUGGGUCCUCCAACGUUUCCCAUUUCUCUGUAGAAAGCAUUUGAAGAGGAAGAAACUCGUUCGGUUUUGGCGGUUGAGUUUUAUCUGAUCCGUUUGAUUUUGAAAAUUUUUUUAGAGGAAGAGACGGAAUGUUUAACGGAAUGAUGGAUCCGGAGAUGAUAAGGCUGGCUCAGGAGCAGAUGAGUCGGAUGUCACCCGCCGAGCUUGCUCGGAUCCAACAGCAGAUGAUGUCCAAUCCGGACUUGAUGAAGAUGGCCUCUGAAAGCAUGAAGAACAUGAGACCUGAAGAUUUUAAAAUAGCUGCAGAACAGUUGAAGCAUACCCGUCCAGAGGAGAUGGCUGAGAUUGGUCAGAAGAUGGCUAAUGCAUCACCUGAAGAGAUGGCAGCCAUGCGUGCCCGUGCUGAUGCCCAGAUCACCUAUGAAUUGAAUGCAGCUGAGAUGCUGAAGCAAAAGGGUAAUGAGCUUCACAGUCUGGGAAGGUUUGAAGAUGCCUUGCAGAAAUAUUUACUUGCAAAGAAAAAUCUGCAAGGCAUUCCAUCCUCCAAAGGCAGAACACUAUUAUUGGCAUGCUCACUCAACUUGAUGUCGUGUUACUUGAAAACAAGGCAGUAUGGUGAGUGCAUAAGAGAAGGCUCGGAGGUUUUGGCAUAUGAUACAAAGAAUGUCAAAGCUCUAUACCGAAGAGGUCAAGCAUACAAAGAACUUGGUCAAUUAGAAGAUGCCAUCUCUGAUUUGAGCAAGGCACUUGAAGUUUCCCCUGAUGAAACCAUUUCAGAUGUUUUAAGGGAUGCCAAGGAAAGAUUGUCCGAAGAAGGUGGUGGACGUUUGCCAAGAGGAGUAGUAAUUGAAGAAAUAACUGAAGAUGUUGAUGCUGCGAUUCCUGCAAAUAAUAAAAGGUCAUGCACAGAAAAUUUGAUGGUGCAACCACAGCUAAAUAACUCUACUAAGAAUCAAAGUGCAGUUAACAAUGGGGGUAUCAUGACAAAUUCUGAGGCUUUGCAUGCUUUGAAAGAUGACUCGGAAGCUAUAAGAUCGUUCCAGAAUUUCAUUUCAAAUACUGAUCCGGACACACUGGCUGCUUUGAAUCCUGGAAAAUCUGGGGAGAUACCUCCCGAAAUGAUUAAGACUGCUUCAAAUAUGAUUGGCAAGAUGUCACCCGAAGAACUUCAGAAAAUGCUUGGCUUGGCUUCAUCAUUUCAGGGGGAGACACCAAAUUUUGUUGGAGGUUCAUCCGAAAGUGAUUUUAACUACUUUAAACCUGGGUCAGUUCCUCCUAAUGUGACACCUGAUAUGCUUAAAACAGCGAGUGAUAUGAUGAGCAAAAUGUCACCAGGGGACCUGCAGAAGAUGUUUGAAAUGGCAUCCUCUUUCAGAGGGAAAGACUCAGCUCCAAUGGCAACAGCUGCAAAUGGUUCAUAUAGUGGGCCAAAAUCUUCGGGAGGCCAGAAAAAUCCUCUAGAAAAUAGGAGCAGUGCUGUGGGUGAAUCUAGUUCAGCUCGUGGUGUAUUUUCAGAUUCAAUAAAUACUUCUCAGUCAAGCUUCCCAACCUCAACUUCUGAUUUGCAAGAGCAGAUGAGAAACCAAAUGAAAGAUCCAGCAAUGCAGCAGAUGUUUACAUCAAUGAUUAAGAACAUGAGCCCUGACAUGAUGGCAAACAUGAGCGAACAAUUCGGUUUGAAGCUUUCUCGAGAAGAUGCAGCAAAAGCUCAAGCAGCCAUGUCAUCAUUAUCACCAGAGGACUUGGAUAGAAUGAUGCAUUGGGCAGAUAGGGUUCAAAGGGGAGUGGAAUGUGCAAAGAAGACAAAGAAAUGGCUGCUGGGAAGGCCUGGAUUGAUUCUGGCUAUAUGCAUGCUCAUUUUAGCAAUGAUCCUUCAUCGGCUGGGAUACAUUGGUGGCUAGAAGAAUGGGCUGAUAUUUGUGUGGAUGAUUGACGAGCACGAUGAGAAAAGGGAAAAGUGAUGCAGGGAGUUUGAGAUGAAGAAAGAGAGAGACGACGAUGAAACCAGGGCGGGAGCGGUGUAUUAGUGUAUAACCAUAAUGCAACACAAUUUGGUGCCACUCCAUGUAAUACUUUCUCAUUUUAGCAAUAAAGUUUUUUUAUUUUUUUAACUU